AUGUUGGAGAAAACAUACUCCACAUUUCAUGCAACAAACAUUACCUUAAUGCAACAAUAUCGGUUGCAAAAGCUCACAAAAUAUUCCGAACUGAAUGCAUGCCUACUUGUUGCAGAGCAAAAUAAUGAGCUCUUGAUGAAAAACCAUGAAUCUCUUCCAAUGGGAUCAGUAGCACUUCCUGAAGCAAAUGCUACAUAUACUGAUGGUUAUCAAAACAAUACAAAAGGAAAUAAUUGUGGUCGUGGACAAAAAAGGAAUAAUUACCAUACACAAGAAAAGGCCAAAGUAGCAAGGCAUGAUGUUGGGACAUCAGAAAAAUCUAAUGGUUCAUGUUAUAGAUGUGGUCGCACAGGACAUUGGUCAAGGACUUGUCGCACACCUGCGCAUCUUUGUCAACUUUAUCGAGAGUCCAUUAAAGGAAAAGGAAAAGAAGCAAACCUCAUUGAUAAUGUUGAACGCACUCCGCUAAUUGUUGCUGAUUUCUGCAAUGACAUGGAAGAUAUAAACUAA